GUAGACAGCAAGUUCAAGAGGCCCAGGGUCCUUUUACUAUUCGGCGAAUGGCGUCAUCAUUCUGUCAGUAAAGUUCCGCAGCAACGUGGUGAAACCUAAGAAAUGGAGUACAUACCGGCCUCUGCAAACAGUCAGGGGAAGAUACUAUGCUGUGAAUGUGGGACGCCCAUUCCCCCUAAUCCGGCCAGUAUGUGUGUUGCCUGCUUAAGAACACAAGUUGACAUUACAGAGGGGAUUCCUAAACAGGUAUCUGUUCAUUUUUGCAAGCAAUGUGAAAGAUAUUUGCAGCCUCCAGCUACCUGGGUACAAUGUGCUUUGGAAUCAAGAGAACUUCUUGCUCUUUGCUUGAAAAAGUUAAAAGCACCUAUAAGUAAGGUUCGUUUAAUUGAUGCAGGGUUUGUAUGGACUGAACCACACUCCAAAAGAAUUAAACUGAAACUGACUAUACAAAAGGAGGUUAUGAAUGGAGCCAUUUUGCAACAAGUUUUUGUGGUGGAGUUUGUCAUUCAAGCACAAAUGUGUGAUGAUUGUCACCGUAUUGAAGCUAAAGAUUUCUGGAAAGCGAUAGUGCAAGUCAGACAGAAGACUGUUCAUAAAAAGACUUUCUUUUACUUGGAACAACUGAUCCUAAAGCAUAAAUUACAUCAGAACACUCUGCGUAUUAAAGAAAUUCAUGAUGGAAUUGACUUCUAUUAUGCCUCAAAGCAACAUGGACAGAAAAUGGUUGACUUUCUACAGUGCACUGUCCCUUGCAGGUCUAAAGCAUCUCAACGGCUAAUCUCUCAUGACAUCCACUCUAAUACAUACAACUAUAAGAGCACUUUCUCUGUGGAGAUAGUUCCAGUUUGCAAGGACAAUGUGGUUUGCCUCUCUCCCCGCCUCGCCCAGAGUCUUGGAAAUAUGAAUCAAAUCUGUGUGUGUAUUCGAGUGACUAACACUAUUCAUCUUAUUGAUCCUUGCACCUUACAAAUGGCUGAGGUUGAUGGUAGUACUUACUGGCGCUAUCCGUUUAGCAGUCUCUGUGAUCCUCGACAGCUUCAAGAGUUUAUUGUGAUGGAUAUUGAAAUAAUCAGAGAUCAGAAACAAGGAGCUGGGGCUGGCAUACGGUCCAACAGACAUACUCUAGCAGAGGUCUGGGUCAAGAAAACAUCAGAGAUGAAUACAAGUUUGCAGUAUCACUGCCGUACGCACCUUGGGCAUCUUCUUAAUCAUGGAGACCUUGUUUUGGGGUUCGAUGUUGCCAAUGCAAACAUUAAUAAUGAGUUUGUGAACAAAAUGAAUCCUCAUCAUCUUCCUGAUGUGGUACUGAUUAAGAAAAGUUAUGAUCGCAGCAAAAGGCAGCAUCGAAGAGUGUGGCGGCUCAAAGAACUGGAAAGAGAUCGUGAAGUUAUGGAUACUGAUAAUGAGGGGCAGUAUCAAGAUUUUCUUGAAGACCUGGAGGAGGAUGAAGCACUCAGAAAAAAUAUUAAUAUUUUUAGAGAUCCUUCUAAAAUACCAGUGGAGAGUGACACUGAUGAUGAAGGUGCCCCUCGUAUCUCUUUAGUGGAAAUGUUGGAAGACUUGUGCAUUUCAGAAGAUGCUACUGGUGGGGAGGGAGCAGACAUGAUUAUGUCUUAAGAAUUGUUGUAUUUGCUGUCAGAAAAACAAAAUUUUCCUUUGUAUAUUCAUUUCUGCAAAUUCUGAAUUUGGUGUAAUGUGAACCUUUGAGCCCCUGGUAAUUAUAAAAUUUAAGGAAUAAACUGGAUUGUUUAUUACAUAAUAGUGCAUCUGAUAUUUAAUUAAAAGUCCUUAAAGUUGUAUUGAGUCUCCCAAUCAUAGUUGUCUUCAAUUUUUGGCAAAUAGACAUAGUAUUGAAAUCACCAAUUUCAAAAUUGUACUGGAAAGGUAGAUGACAGCAUUCUAAUGGGAUGUUAAUUACCUUUUGAUUAUAAUAUCACCCACAGUUUUAAUUAGGAGAAUCAAGACU